CCUCCGGCCGGAAGUGCGUACUGGGCGGCGGCCUCGCUGGAGCCGCUCCUCCCCGAGCUCCGCUGGGAACAGAGGACGCGCCGCCGCCGCCGCCCCGCUGCCGCCGCCGGAAUGAAGCCGAGCCGCGCUGCUGCGCUCGCCGCAGAAGCCGAGACGCCGGCGCCUCCCGUGCCCCCGCAGAGGCCGAGGAAGGCCAAGGGAGCCCAGGCCCCGGUCCCGGCUUCCCCCAGCUGGGCCAGGCGCCUCCUGGGCCUUGAGUGGGCAGACCUGGCCAGCUGGCCCCGGAUGGUCUGCUUGCUCAACAGGCCAGCUGAUCCCGCGGCGCUGGGGGUCUUCCGCUUCCUCUUUGGUCUGCUGAUGGCCUUGGACAUUCCCCAAGAGCGAGGUUUGAGCUAUCUGGAUCACAAAUACCUGGAUGGGCUGCAGGUUUGUCGCUUCCCCCUCUUCAACUUCCUGGAGCCACUUCCCCUGGACUGGAUGUAUCUUGUCUACACAGUGAUGCUGUUGGGUGCUGUGGGCAUCAUGCUGGGCUGCUUUUACCGACUCAGUUGCCUCCUCUUCCUGCUGCCCUACUGGUAUAUCUUCUUCCUGGACAAAACCACUUGGAACAACCACUCCUACUUGUAUGGCCUCCUGGGGUUCCAGCUGCUCUUCAUGAAUGCAGAUCGCUAUUGGUCUGUUGACGGUCUCUGGCAUCCACGGAAGAGAAAUGCUCAUGUCCCUUUGUGGAACUAUACCAUUCUUCGCACGCAGAUCUUCAUCGUUUAUUUCAUUGCGGGCAUCAAGAAGCUGGAUGCUGACUGGGUGGAGGGCUACUCUAUGGGCUCCCUGGGGAGGCAUUGGCUCUUCAGCCCGUUCAGGUUGUUGCUUUCAGAGGAACUGACCAGCUUAUUAGUGGUGCACGGUGGAGGGCUUGUGUUGGAUCUUACUGCUGGCUUUCUGCUGUUCCUGGAUGCUACCCGCCCCGCUGCCCUUUUCUUCGUCUCCUACUUCCAUUGCAUGAACUCCCAACUUUUCAGUAUUGGCAUGUUUUCUUACACCAUGCUGGCCACCAGCCCACUCUUCUGCUAUCCAGACUGGCCACGUCGACUGAUUGCCAGGUUCCCUGUCUGCUUCCAAAAGUUUCUGCCACUUACCAAGCCUCCGCAGCGGAGUCUGGAGUGUGUUUAUCUGGAAAUGGAGCAGCAAAGGCCAAGGGGAGCAGCUAGAAAAUUGGGUCUGCAGCAGAAGCUGGGUGCCAUUUUUACUAUCCUGUAUAUCAUGGAGCAGUUCUUCCUACCUUACUCACACUUUAUUACCAAGGGCUACAACAACUGGACAAAUGGGCUCUACGGCUACUCAUGGGACAUGAUGGUCCAUUCACGCUCCCACCAACAUGUGAAGAUUACUUACCGUGACAGUCACACUGGGGAGAUUGGCUAUCUGAACCCUGGGGUCUUCACGCAGAGCCGGCGCUGGAAGGACCAUGCAGACAUGCUGAAGCAGUAUGCCACUUGCCUCAGUCACUUGUUGCAUAAUUACAAUGUCUCGGAACCGGAGAUCUACUUUGAUGUUUGGGUUUCCAUCAACGAUCGUUUCCAGCAAAGGCUCUUUGAUCCAAACACUGAUAUUGUACAAGCCCACUGGUCCCCCUUCCAGAAGACUCCAUGGCUGAAGCCUCUUCUAAUUGAUUUGUCACCCUGGAGGACCAAACUGAUGGAGAUUGAAAAGUCGCUGGACAACCAGACCGAGGUUGUCUUCAUUGCUGAUUUCCCAGGGCUGCACCUGGAGAACUUUGUGAGCGAGGACCUUGGUAACACAAGUCUCCAUUUGCUGAAAGGGGAAGUCACAGUGGAGAUUGUCAGUUCACAGAAGAAUUAUACACUGCAAGAGGGAGACAAGAUCCAGCUGCCAGCCGGGGAGUACCACAAAGUCUUCACAGUCUCUCAGGAGCCCUCCUGCUACAUGUAUCUCUACGUCAACACAACCGAGGUGGCUCUUGAGCAGAACUUCACUCGACUUCAGGAGUUGCGGGAGAAAGUUCAGAACGGGACUGAAACGGAGCCUCUCCCCCCAGAGUUGCAGCCUAUCUUGGAAGAUUCUCUGGAAAACGUGACAAAGGUAGAUCCGGUGGUUCAGGCUUUCCUCCACCGCCAGCGGCGCUUGGAGGAGCUGCAAAGAAGACACAACGUCACCCUGGCCGAGCGGCUGCAGCAUCUCAUAAGCAAGAAGUACUUCAUUUUCCGCAGGAGCCUCCUGAUGACCUGCAUCUCCCUGCGGAACCUGGUGUGGGGCCGCCCCCCCCUCCCUCAGCUGGCCCAGGAGGUGGCCUAUGCCAACAUGCAAGAGGCCAGCCGGCAGGAGAGGGCUCCGCAGGGGCCAGAGCAGGGGCCAGAGCGCUUGGACCUCUGAAAGUCCUCACUGCCUCAACCACCGCCAGGAGCAGGAGGGAUGUAGCCAGGCCUAAGAAGUCACCCUCUGUUGCUUAGCCAGAGCCCACUCCUCUUCCAGAUGCCCCCUUUCUGCGACUAGGGGGCUGGGGUCUGAGCCAACGUGAUCCUCUCCUGCCCUAGACAGAGGGUAGAACUUACCCUUGCAGAAAAUGCUGCAGGCAGGAAGAGGGAGGGCAGACUUUGUGGGCUCAGCUGGCCAGCACAAUUAUAAUCCCUCUUUGAUGGAAGGAGAUCAAAGAUCCCACUUUUAAAACAGUUGUCUUUUCUUUGGUGGGUCUUAUGAUCCCACUGCGCAGCUGCGAGAAAGGAUUUGGGCAGAGGGGCUGCUUUUAGGAUACUGUGGCAGUUCCUUUAUUAGGACUGAUUUAAUAAGCCAAGGGGGUUUCAGUUCUUUGCUGCCAUGUGGCCAGCUAAGCAGCUUGUGGGUGGGAGAGAAAGGAAUGUUUGAAUCCAGCCAGGGACAAAAGAAAGCCGGUCUGGCUGGCCAUUUCCUAAUAGCUGCCUUGCUCCUCAGUGGAUUUUAGAAUUUCCUCUCUCGGCUUUCUGGCAUUUCUGUUUGCCACGGAUGCUGAGCCAAGGAUCUCUUCUCCGGUCAUGAGGCACCUCCCCCUCUCUCUUAGCCCCUAUCCCGUAAUACUCCGUACUUGCAACAUAAACCCAUAGGCAUUCCCAGUUUCUUUAGAGUUUUACAAGGAAAAGGGCUGGCUACAUUUCAUGUGAUUAAGACAAAAUGAGUCUCAUUUUUUAAAUUAAAAAUUAUAUUGUGCAAAAGUCUCUGUGUUUUUGAUAUCUAAACUGUGCAAGUCAAUGUUUCUGUCAUUAGCUGAGUCUUCAGGCUGUAAGAAAUCAUUGGCCACCAGCAUCUGAUGGUGCCAUCUUUCCUUUGCCUUCUCUUCCUCCAUUCAUGUCUCCUGGCAACUUUGAUUCUUCUUCAUGGACAGAAAUGUCUGUAGCAGGCCUUUAAGUAAGCUGCUCUUACCAUAUAUACAGUGGAUAUAAGAAGUCUACGCAGCCCUGUUAAAAUGCCAGUUUUUAAUUGAAUUGAAUAGCUUAUAUGUUACAUUAAACAUGGGAAAAUUCUGAA